AUGUCUCUAGAUCGUCGUCACCCUGCCUCUCUCCUACCGCGAUCCGUACAUAAUCCGGAGCUGGUUGACCUCAUGCGUCAACCAGUCUCGUACGACAUGAUCUGCUAUAUCGCGCUGCAGGCGACCAGGGUGAUCAGGCUGACUGAGGACCCUCUUCCGACUCCGCCGCACACGCCGCAGAAGACGACAUUCAGCGAUGACGAGAAGCUGCAAUCUCUGGCUCAGGCGCCGGGUCUCCCGUCACUGCAGGACUUCAUCAUCAUGAUCGUGCAGGCGUCCAACGUCCAGGUCCCCACUCUGCUGACGACGUUGAUCUACCUUGAGCGUCUUCGGACGAAGCUGCCCAAGAUGGCGAAGGGUAUGCCCUGCACGAGACACCGUGUGUUUCUGGCGACCCUCAUCGUGGCUGCCAAGUAUCUCAACGACUCGUCGCCGAAGAACAAGUGCUGGGGCAUCUACGCCUCUCUGUUCGACUUGGCCGAGAUCAACCUUAUGGAGAAGCAGCUGCUGUUCAUCUUGGACUAUGAUCUGCGGUUCGACGAGCCUGAGGCGAUCUUGCACUUCGCUCCCUUCAUG